AUGGGCUCUGCUCAAAGUCAAGAGGAACAGCCAGAUGUAGUCCGGAUUGACAGAAAUGAAAUUCCUGAGGAGUACAAAACUGUGGGAGUGUCUUCAGAUGUCGUUAAAAGGGUAAACGCGCAGACUGGUGGUGGAAGCACUGAAGCGGAGCGGUUGAGGGAAGAGUUAGCCCGUGAGCGAGAGGAGAAGCUGCGUUUGAGACAAGAGAUGGCUCGUCUUACUCAACUACAACAAAGACAGGGGAACCUCCUUCGCUCUAUUGCCUCUCCGCCUCUUUCCGGCUCCGCCAUGAAAGCAAAACUGGCGCUGCUAAUCAAUCAUAUUGGUGAUCGAUUCUUGAAGAGAGAAACGUUGUCUUCGAUAGAAACAGUGGAACGAGUUCAGGAGAAGUUUUUCGCUAUCAUAGAGAAAAUGUGUGCGCUGACAAUGAAAAGGUAUCGCAACUGCUCCUUGUCGACAUGUCUGCGCUCUCAACGCUGCAUGCUCGACUACCAUAGGGUUUCCGUGUAUAUUCAGCCAAUAAUAAGGAUUGUUGACGAGCGUAGCCCCAUCAUCCCGCUCCAUCUUUACCGACACCGGCUGGAUAUAUCACUACCGCCAUAUUUCGGUAACCUUCCUGCUAUCAAGCCCUUGACGUCACCAACACGAAGCAAUCUGUUGGUUAUGCUAUUCAAUGCGUCCUCAUCUUUCCGGGAAGAGAGCAGUGAAGCGUUUGCUCAUUCACCAGAUGUUACUAUACUCGCUGAAUGUGUUGAUCGGCCAUCUGAGGUGUGCGAUAGCGCUGGAAAAGUUGUUCAGUGGGAAAAAUUGGUUGGAGAGUCCAAGUUCGUCCUCAUCCACGAGCGAAUGCCACAUUUCAAACUUGCAUUGUACAGGGCUUUGCAGUCAACUGUUAUUCCUGUGAUAUUCGUGCCUAAUCACGUGCUUCCGUUUUCCGAUUAUAUCGAUUGGCACUUGAUCUCGUUACGUCCUUCGAGUCUGGCUCGUGUUAUUGGCGUCAUAAAUUCGUUGAGCCCCACCAAAUUGGAGAGAAUGCGUGCUCAAAUCAGGAAGAUCUUCGUGGAGUUCUCGUCCUUGGAAGCCAAUCUCAUUACCGCAUCUUGA